AUGGUCGAUCAACAAAGUGACAACAGCGAAGGCAAGCCUAAGAAAGCCUCGAAAAGAAUCAAGAAGGUGGCUGCUCAAGAGCACGAUGCAGACGCCAAGCCAUCAACACAACCAAAGCGCAGCACUGUGAAGAAAGCCGCAGUAGAGGCAAAGUCCGAUGAGGACGACACAGUUGAAGACAAUAAAGUCACCAAGAAGACUGCCAAAUCUACGAAAAAGAAGGCUGAAGACGUCGAUGAAGACAAACCUAAAAAGGUUACCAAAUCUAAAGCCAAGCCGGCGAAGAUUCUACCACCCAUAGCAGAGCGUACCAAGGAUAUCAAGCUGCGAGUUGGCGCCCAUGUGAGCAUUGCCGGAGGCGUACACAAUGCUAUUAUCAACGUCGUGCAUAUUGGUGGUAACGCCUUUGCUAUGUUCAUGAAGAAUCAACGCAAGUGGGAAACGGUCGAUAUGGACCCAGAGCAUGCACAAUUCUUCGUCCAGUGGUGCAAAGACCAUAGCAUAGACGCCGCAGAGUGCUGCUUACCUCAUGGCUCAUACCUGGUCAACCUCGCACAUCCGGAUCCUGCACGCAAGAAACAGGCCUAUGACUCUUUUCUCAAUGACUUGACGCGUUGCCAUAGGCUCGGUAUUCGGUAUUACAACUUUCAUCCAGGCAAUGCUAACGCGACCACCCACGAAGAAGGCAUCCGGAUCAUUGCUGAGAAUCUCAACAAGGCACAUGCAGACCCGGAGACUGGCAAAGUUGUUACAGUUCUUGAAACCAUGGCAACCCUUGGCAAUACCAUUGGUGGCACCUUUUCAGACCUCGCAGCCAUCAUCAAGCUUGUCGAUGAUAAGAGUCGUGUAGGGGUUUGUCUAGACACGUGCCACGUUUUCGCCGCUGGUUAUGACCUCCGCACCCCCGAAGCAUAUGCUGAAACGAUGAAGAAGUUUGACGAGGAGAUCGGUUUGGAGUAUCUCAAGGCCUUCCAUAUCAACGACAGUAAGGCUCCUUUGUCAAGCCAUCGUGAUCUUCAUGCCCGCAUCGGCACUGGCUAUCUCGGGCUCGAAUCCUUCUAUAACCUGAUGAAUGAUGAGCGCUUUCAUGGCCUUCCUAUGGUUCUCGAGACACCAAUCGACGUGACUGACAAGAAUGGAAAGAAGGUCGAGGACAAGGGUGUCUGGGCCCGGGAGAUCAAAAUGCUGGAAAGCCUUGUUGGCAUGGAUAUCGAUUCUGAGGAGUUCAAGACACUGAGUGCACGUCUUCGAGAUGAAGGCGCUGGUGAACGCGAGCGUGUUGGUGACCAAGUACAAAGAAAGACGGCCAAAGACGCGAAGCCUAAGAGCAAGAAAGCGGCCAAGAAGAAGGUCGAGAGUGAAGAGGAGGAUGACAUAGAAGAAUAA